CACCUGUGCAAGACUGAAGGGGAGGAGCCGUACACCUGUGCAAGACUAAAGGGGAGGAGCCAGUACACCUGUGCAAGACUGAAGGGGAGGAGCCGGUACACCUGUGCAAGACUGAAGGGGAGGAGCCAGUACACCUGUGCAAGACUGAAAGGGAGGAGCCAAUACACCUAUGCAAGACUGAAGGGGAGGAGCCGGUACACCUGUGCAAGACUGAAGGGGAGGAGCCAAUACACCUAUGCAAGACUGAAGGGGAGGAGCCGGUACACCUGUGCAAGACUGAAGGGGAGGAGCCGG